GUCCUCGCGAACCCCACCUGACACCUCAUGGCCUCGAGCAAGCCCGCCCUGCGCCCACCCUGGGUCAGGGUCACAAGCCAAAGAAGUGAGAGGGAAGUUCUCCCAGUUCCCCGGAACAAUCUGGGCCUGACAGGAAUGGACGAGCGAAAGCGCGGUCUUCGGAAGCUGCUUCCGGGGAGACACCCGGCCGUCGCGAAGGGCGCCGAGGAGAGAGAGGCCACCGGGCUGUCGGUCGAAGCACCACCCCCGCGUUCCAGGCUGCGCACCCAGGAGGGGGACGGACGAGAGCCUGACGCCGUGUCCCCACCACCGGGGGCUGCGUGUCCUCCGCUCCCUGACGGCCCGCGGGACUUCCCACAGAAAGGACCCGGAGGUGACCAGCCUGCGGAACAUGUUCGCAGAAAGACCUACUUGCUUCGGCGGAAAGUUACUCUGAAGGUAUCGGGGGUGAGGGGCGCCCCCACCCCCCACGGCCUCACGUUCGCUGCCCCAAAACAGCGUCUGGAAAGCAGCUUCCUCAUUCUCACAGACCUUCUGAGAACAAGCAGGGAAGUUCUGGGGAUGCGUCCACCUUCAGGGCUCCCCACCCUUCCCAGGUCAGAGGCCCCGACGAGACCCGGCAGACUCCCCCCACCCCGCCGCCCAGGCCCCGGGGCAAACCCGCAGCACGUCUCCCAGCUGGAGCAGGCGCAGCACUAGCGGCCAGCGGCUCUGAACCAUCCGGUUCAGCCUGGUGGCCUCGCCAACAGCCUGUUUCCGGGCGGGGAGAAGCGCCCGACGCUUGGAAGUGAGGCAGAGACGCUCCCUGCAGCCCCAAAAGGACCCCUGGCUCGCAGAUGCCACCCCCUCAGACCUACCAUUGUUCAAGUUGAACAGAAAGCUGCACAUGUAUUUGUCGUAGACUUUCCCUCUUCUGUCUGCUUCAUCUUGAGAAAUAAUCUAAAAAGCAAGACGGUUGUGGAUUAGGUGACCCAAGCUCGAAGGGGACUACAGACACUUUCCCACCUUCCUGACGCAACCCAACAGACGGUCCUACGGCUGGUUCCUCUCCUGCGUUCAGUCUACGUGCUGAUGUUUCAGAACAGUGUUGACCCAGAAACACCAGUCCCACAUCUAAAGGAAUCGUGCCUGGAGACAGUGAUUGAUCGACCAAAAAUACAAACGGGGGGCCGGGCGGGUGUUUCCAGCACGAUGCCAGCCCAACGGGUCUUCUGUAACUCUGCGGCUACAAAAGUGUAUAAUCAAUGACACUGUUGUUUCUAGGUCCUUAUCAAUCAGCCUCUGGACCGAGUAGGGCGGACUCUCCAGCACGAAACGAAGCUCUGGUUCUCCCCCUCGUCCCCAGAUGCUAAAUGCGAAAUGUGACGAGGACCAAAGCAGCCUAUGACCAGGCAGGCCAAGCCCACCGGCAGGAGUUAAGUCCAAGCUGAAAAGGCAUUUUUUAUGACUUCGUGGCUAACUGAACCCCACAGACCUACCCCGUGAAACCCCAUCCCAGGCAAGGGCAAGUUACUACACACGACGCGAGUCCCCGCGGUCUGUACGUGCUGUCCCCCCGAGACCGGGUGAGCCCCGCCUUACCUCUCCACAGUACUCCGAGAUGAAUUCAUUUUUCUGUACGGGAUCUUUGAUGAAAAUCCCCCAGCCCGCCACGUCGGACGGCGCCAGCAGCAGGUGCUAGAGAAGAAAGCGCACAGCACCGACCGGUCAGCAAAGGAGGGCGAAGCCCGAGGGCGAGUUAAUGCCCCGAGGACUCAGACCCGUCCUCACACAGCCACUGAGGCAGACGACGUCGGGAGGGCUCCACCGAGGGGCCGGCUCCCCGGUGCUGCCGGCAGCUCUCAGAAGCCACAAAAACAGUGGGCUUUUUUGGGUAAAUAAAGCCAUCUCUGGUAAUGCCCUUACACGAACGAAACCCGGUUGGUAAAAAGUAUGUUCUUUUCUGUUUGAGGAGCUAAAAGAAGCCACGUCCACGUGAGCAGGAAGGAGGCUGUCACGCAGUGGGGGCGAUGAGAUUCUUAGGGCUGAGAAGCGGUGCCGGCGGCCCUGUGACGAUGACACGAACUGCCUAGAAUACGACGGCCCAACCCCUGAAACCGUCACAGCCAAAAAAAUAAAACAGCUGCCACCGCCCCGAACACAGUGUCUGGUGGGAGGGCCCUAUGCCCAGCGGUGCGGCCUCAGUUACGGCACACGACCGCUCGCGACAGCUCCGUGACCGGAGCUGUGCGUGUCCUCCCACCCCGCCCCUCCCCCGCUUGCGCUCGCACUUUCACAAAUAAUAACCAUUUCUAAAAAAUAUCAGCUGUCUGUAACUGAAGAAGCCCUUCAUCUACCUACCCUAAAAACAGAAGAUACAGAAUUUCCCAGGUACGCGUUGUCAAUUUCUUUUGUUCAGCAAUAAACCUCCUGGUUGCUACGGUUAAAAGCACCCGCAUGAAAUUCCCGCUGUGUUGUUUUCAAGAUUAUUAAAGAAACUGGAACUAUU